AUGUCCUCCGAACAACGCUCCAACUCCGCUGUCCGCAAUCUCAGAUCGCUAUUUGAGAACAAGUCGUCCGACACCGCGAACGACACCCGUGGACGAUCCCCCGUUGGAACCCUGAGUCCCGACGCGCAAGAACCUCCACGUCCCAGAUCCAGAGUCAGAGCCAGUUUCUUCCCCGUCGAACCCACUAUGGCCGCAUUGGCAGCAGAGCAGCAGAAUAAUCCUGCUACGGAACAUAAGAGGGAGAGCAGUGUGGGAUUGAGGAGAGCAAGCAUGAGCGAGGGUCAUAGUGGAGAUGCGCUGGAACUGAUCAGAGAUACCGUCGGGACAGAGGCAGAGAGGAGGGAUAGGACGUCAAGCGUGGCCGACCUCAUUCCUGAGCAGGCUAUUGAGACUCCCGCGUUGGAGGACAAUAGCAAAGCUUUGGGGAUGAUUUCUACGGAGCCUGAGAAUCCCGACAAGCCCGUGACUGGUGAGCAGGAAGAGCCAGCGGACAUGAAGCCCGCAGACCCGGCCAGUGAGGAUGCGGUCAGCGGUGGCGAGGCACUGCCACCAGUCGCGGAGGAUCUGAGGAAGGAUGUCCAGCCAGCGUCUUCGAACACUGGUGCUAACAAGCCCAGCGCCAUCUCCACCAAGGCACCCCGAGCAUCCAUGAGCUCAGUCAAGUCGCCCAAGACGCCACUCUCAUCUGCCUCAUCUGCCAGAGCACCUGCCAAGAAGCCAAGCCGUACCUCCCUCACGGCGGCCACCGCUGCGUCGGUUGCUCGUGCUGCUGCGGCGGACAAGCAAGCCUCGCCAGCUGCUGCACCCAAGCCCAAACCGCGAGAGGCGACGAAGCCUUUGGAUAUUUCAUCGAGACUCACAGCACCAACUGCUGCCUCUCGUGCGCGUCUGGAGUCCGCGACGAACGCUGCGAAAGCACCCGCACCCGCUCGCGCACAGCCCAAGCCUGCAUCCGCCAGACCUACCCCGAGAUCCUCCAUUGCUGGUCGACCUGAAUCCAGAUCGUCUCAAAAUGCGACCAAGAAGGCAGCUGCGCCGGUUGAUGGCAGCUUUCUGGAGCGCAUGACAAGACCAACUGCUGCAUCGGCAGGAAGAGUGCAAGAGAAGACAGAAGUGAAGAGCCCGCCAAGGCAGAAGCAGCUCCCACUGAGGCCAAAAGCGAAUGGACAUCCCAAGGGUGGAAAGACCACAUCAAAGGCGGUAGCAGAUCAAGCAGAUGAGACUGUGGUGGAAGAUGAGUCCAUUCUCCCUCAAGAGGAAGACAUCCCAGCAGCGCCAGCUGAUGACGCAGCUGCAGACGUGAAGGAUACAUUGAACGACUCCCACGCCGAGCCCGCUGCAGUCCUCGAAGCUGCACGCAAAGACCUGGCCGAAGGAAACGAGACCCCGGUCCACACAAACGGACACCACGAAGACGCGCCCGCCUCAGAAGAUACCCCAGCAGCGAUUGGAGGCGAGGAUUCGAUCCGGUAG